AUGAUUCUUGCUGUCCUCUUGGGCUUCCUGUGCUUGGGCGUCGCCUCAGCUGCUCCAACACCAGAUUACAGUUUGGAUGCUGAAUGGGAGGAGUGGAAAAGGAGCAAUAAUAAAACAUACAGCCAAGAGGAAGAAAGGCAGAGGAGAGCAGUAUGGGAAGAAAAUGUGAAAAUGAUCAAACUGCUCAGUAUGGAGAAUGGCCUGGGGAUGUACAACUUCACUGUAGAGAUGAAUGAAUUUGGUGACAUGACUGGUGAGGAAAUGAGGAAAAUGAUGAUGGAGAGCUCAAUUCUGACUCUAAGUAAUGGGAAACACAUCCAGAAACGAGGAGAUGUCAAAUUUCCCAAAACUUUGGAUUGGAGAACACAAGGCUAUGUGACUCCUGUGCGGAGGCAGUUAGAUUGUGGUGCUUGCUGGGCUUUUGCUGUGGCUGGUUCCAUAGAAGGACAGCUGUUCAAGAAAACAGGCAGACUGAUCCCACUGAGUGUACAGAACCUAGUGGACUGUUCUAGAACUUAUGGCACUAAUGGCUGUAAAGGGGGCAGAAUCUAUAAUGCCUUCCGGUAUGUGAAGUACAAUGGAGGUCUGGAGGCUGAGGCAACCUAUCCAUAUGAAGCAAAGGAAGGUAGCUGCAGGUACCGUCCUGAACGCUCUGUCGUUAAGAUCGCCCGCUUUUUGAUUGUCCCAAGGAAUGAAGAAGCCCUACUGAAUGCGUUAAUGACCAAUGGGCCCAUUGCUGUUAGAAUUGAUGCUGCACAUGCAUCUUUUCGUGGAUAUACAGGAGGUAUGUACCAUGAGCCCAAGUGCAGACGUAAUUCUCCUAACCAUUCAAUGUUGUUGGUUGGCUUUGGCUAUGAAGGCAGAGAGUCUGAGGGCAGGAAAUAUUGGCUGGUGAAGAACAGCCAUGGUGACAAUUGGGGAGAAAAUGGCUACAUGAAGAUUCCCAGAGAUCAGAACAACUACUGUGGAAUUGCUUCCUAUGCCUUGUACCCUAUAUUGUGAGCUGCCUGGGGAUGAGAAGGCAGAGAAGAUAUUAGGGGCAGCACACACGGAAGAACCCCAGCCUCUUCAGAGUGAUGCCCUCUGCUGAGUGCAGGAGAUGCUUGAACCAUUGAAAGGCCAUGGCAGGAUGUGAAAUCUGUGGUUUUUGCUUACUCUACUAAUACAUGACAGCUACUGUAACUGAUGCUCUGCACCCAUUUCUGUUAAGACUUCCUGUAGUUGCCGCUGGGUGGUGGUGGUGGAGGUAGUGAUGGUGAAUGGCUUUAAUUCCACCACUCAGGAGGC